AGUCUGCGUUCCUCGUCGUCUCAUUGGUUGCUUGACGACGGGGAUUAACGUGAGAGACGCUCUGCUGCUCUUCAAUGAGCCACAAUGGAGACUAACUAACUAGGAACAAGAACAGCUUUAAAAGGCUUUUAAUUUAUUCACUGUAUGAAGUUUUAACUAGUAGCAGCUGUGGUUCAUAUUUAGUGAAGUAAUCCUAGUGAAGAAGAGAAGUUUGCGGACAGAAAGUGAAGUUUGUCUACUAGUAGUUUGUGAAUGAGGAAAUCAGGCUAACGUUAUGUAGCAAGCUAAUCUCACUUAUCCACUCCUUAAACUAUCACUUCACAGACUGCUACACACUCUACAUUAAGGCAUGACCGAGUACAAGCUUGUGGUGGUCGGGGCAGGAGGUGUGGGGAAGAGCGCCCUCACCAUCCAGCUCAUCCAGAACCAUUUUGUGGAUGAAUAUGAUCCAACCAUCGAGGACUCGUACAGAAAACAGGUGGUGAUUGAUGGAGAGACUUGUCUGUUGGACAUCCUGGACACUGCAGGUCAGGAGGAGUACAGCGCCAUGAGGGAUCAGUACAUGAGGACAGGGGAGGGCUUCCUCUGUGUGUUCGCCAUCAACAACAUCAAGUCCUUUGAGGAUGUUCACCUCUACAGAGAGCAAAUCAACAGGGUGAAGGACAGUGACAGCGUUCCUAUGGUGCUGGUGGGGAACAAGAGCGACCUGAGUACUCGCACUGUGGAGUCGCGGCAGGCAGGGGAGCUGGCAAGAAGCUACGGAGUACCGUUUGUUGAGACCUCUGCCAAAACCAGACAGGGUGUGGAGGAAGCUUUCUAUUCGCUAGUACGGGAGAUUAGAAAAUAUAAGGAGACCAACCGCAGCAACAAGAAGAGCAAGAAGAACACUCAGAGACGUUGCGUAAUACUAUAGCAAACCACACACACACACACACACUAACACACACAAACACCAGCGCAUCCCUUACAGCACUUGUUUCACGCUCGCCCUCACACACUGCAGCUCCUCUGUCACGUUGGAGACGUUCCAGCACCGCUCCGUACAGGGAAGCAGACGUGGCAAAGUCCAUUUUUACUGCUGUCGCAGUUUCCACUGACAGUAUGUCACCACAAGAUGUACAGUGUCAGUUUAACGCUGUGAAUUCAGUUGGAGUUUUUUUGUUUUUGUUGGGUGACCAAACAACUAGAAACUGCAGUUUUUAGAUGAGUUUUUUUUUUCUUCUUUUUGGUUAAAAGUAGGAUCGGUGUUCUUGAGAAACCAGUACACUAGAUUUUAAAAAUGAUCCAACCGAAUAACCCAGCCCAGUGUUGCCAACUCUUUUCCAAUGAAAGUAGCUAGCAGCACUAGCUCCAAAAGUCCCUGAAUCUAGUGAGAAAGUCGGCAACACUGACAGUCUGUCACUUCAAGUCUUCCUCCUAUGCCACUCCCCCACAAUUAUCAUUAUGAACGUGAGCGGCGAACAUGGCUUCUGUUAGUACUCACAGCUGUCAAGCAGCUUGAGGAAGACUGAUGUUUGGACGGGUUUAUUACAGUCCUGCGAUUUUCUUUUUUUUUUUCCAGAGCAUUUGAUUUAUUGAUUCCUGUCGUUAUGUAAUGAGGAUUUCCACUAAUAUAACAAAAAUGUUUCUAAAAAACUUACCAACCCUACCUUCACGGUCAGCAUUUGUGCAAACUGAAUUUGAAUCCGUGGUAGAAAGAUUGAAUUUGUCUGUAAAGAUAAUUCUCUUUUACAAACUGUUCAGCUCCAGUUGACUAUUUAAGGGUCAGGAGGUUCACGGUGGUGCGUCACUGCAGUUUGCACUGUCCCAUCGGGUGACGCAUUCAAUCCAAAUCUCCCAAAGUUAUUCUUAGACUCAACAAAUUCUUUAGGGAGGUCUUUUAGUCGGUACACAUCUGACUUCACAAAGUCCCACAAAUAACAUGGAAACAGUGUCAUACCGACUAGAACACUGUUCACUGUGAAAACAUUUGACUUCAAGAUGAUUGGUUGAAACUUUUUCAAAGUUUGGAAACGUCUGUCUCCCUCGUGUUUUUUCAUAGGUUAGUGUGUCAUCUGGGGCUUGAAACACAACAGCAAUAUCUAUUUUAUUAAUUUCUCUCACACAGAUCAUAUAUAAAUGAAAAUGCUAUAGCAAGAUAGGAUCACGACAGUAACAAAGCCUCAAUUGUGUUCUAGUCUCCUAGGUGCACUUUAUUAAUUUCCUGUUAGUUGUUUGUUGUAGAAUUUAUGAUUAGUUAGUGCCAUUUAAAAAGUUUACUCAGGAAUAUAGUGUCUUAUCAGGAACUGAGGAAUAACAGACUGAGAGCUGUGUCAAAUGAUUGGUUGAGAUCUGAUGCCCGUUUCCAUCAUUUCACUCCAUCAUUAACUUACUGUUUGAAGUGUCAGCCCUGCUGUUUGUUCCACACAGUCACACUGUAUUCCAAAGUCCACUUUUAAUGCAGUUUAUCAGUCACAGUGUUGUUGGUGGUUUUGUGGUACUACAUACAACAUUUAAACCAUACUGAUGCUGAAACCAGUCGUUAACUCACCAGGAAAUCUCCAGAGCUCAGACACAGCGACAGUCAUGUUAUCUCAUCAUGCUUGAUGAUAAGGAUAUUCAAUAAGACGCCAAUUUUUUUUAUAGCAGUGUUUGUCGUUUUUGAUAAUUACUGUCACCCUAAAUGUAGUGGGUUGAAUUUAUAUUUUUGUAGCAUUAUAAACAGCGUUCCCCAAUUUAAAAACGUCUGCAUUUACAAACUGCUUUCCACAUAUUUACUAAAAUUAUAUCAACGUUCAAUGAACUAACUUUGGUUGCUUCCUGCUAACAGAAGUGAAGGGUUCCUACUUCGCUAUGGUGUUAAACCGGUAGCUUCCAAAUGCCUGUCUGGUUAUCUGGACUCAGUGUAGUUCCACUGUUGAAAUAUGUUGAAAAGUUUUAACAAGUCUCUCACUGACAGCUAUGUAAAAUCUUUAAUGCACUCUGCUGUAAUGAACAAGUAAAUGUCUUCAGCUUUUACAUCUUGUCUGUUCUGUUUAUCCAAGGUGGAUCUUUACUAGUAAGUGGCUUUCAAGAAGUUAAAUGUGUUUCCAAAAAGAGAUGCAAGAACUUUUCUAAAACACACAAACUAUGUUGAGAAUGUGCUGCAGUAACGCCAGAUCUGAUUUGUAACUACUGAUAAUAAAGAUGUCAUCUUUCAAGAAAGAAUAACAAA